AUGACAAGGACGCUGAAGAAGAAUGUCUUCUCCUGUCUUUGCCAAAUUGCCAAGGCAGGGACGACGAAGGACGUCGAAUGGAAGGGUCGCUACGGUGGCCAGAACAGAAACGCCAGCUCACAGAUGGCGAUUCUGCCGACGUCGAACGAGCCCAUGAUCCCAGCGGCCUUGUUCAAGAAGCUCAGCAAGGACAUCUUGGACCGACUGCACAAGGAACGAAGGAGUCCGAACUACAAGGAUGAGCUCCACUCGGGCAGAUCCGAAAAAGAGAAUGACCAGCCGAUCAGUCUUUCUGAGGAAGGCAGCAGAACUCUUCACCAAGCUGCCGAGGAGUACCUGAACUCCAUGCUGGUGAGGGCUUGCAUGGCGACGCUUCACGCCAAACGCAUCACCACAACGGUGGCCGACCUUCGCUUCGUCAUCCAGCUCGACCAGAUGAGCACCGGGCCUUGGUAUCAGGGUUUAGAUGAGAGCAUGAGGGUGCAGCUGCCAAUCCUUAGCGGCGAUCUCGCCCAGUCCGUGAAUUUCUUGAUUGCCAUGAUGUCGUUGGGUGGAUCGGUGGAUGAGUUGCAGAUGCUGGGGCAGAUCCUUGGUGUUAAAGGUGCGCCCAUGGCUUUGGCGAAAAGGUUGAAAGACAAAGGGCUGAAGGUGAAGAUUGAUGGGCCGGUUGAUGUGAACGGGGGGACCUCGCACUUCCUUAAGCGCAAGUUUGAAUCCAUUGAAAAGGGCCUCGUCAUCACCCAGGAUGUGAAGUAUGCAGAGCGGUUGGUAGGCCUCUUGGAGUUAGAGAAGGCGAAUGUGAAGAGGACUCCGAUGCCCCAACAAGUCCCAGAGCCUGGUGUGGGUGAACGUUUGGAUGCUGAAAUGCAUGCUCUCUACCGCAAGUGCAUAGGUUUGCUAUUGUACAUGAGUAGUGAACGCCCAGACUUGCAGUAUGGAGUGAAGGUCCUUUCGUCUCGGUGCAGUGAUCCCACGCAAACCGAUUUCAACUUGCUGAGGCACUUGGUAAAGUAUGUGAAGUUGCACCCUGUAGUUCCAGUGAAGAUGGAGCGAUGCAAUCCCGGACGCACGGUGUUUCAAAAGUGGGAAGGUCGAGAUUGUGAACCUGAAGAUUGGGACCCCAAGAAGUACCCGUUUGGGCGAGACCACAUAGUGGAGGUCGUGACCGACGCUGACUGGGGUAGUAAAGUCUUCCCGGAGAGACGCUCAAUCUCGGCAUAUGUGAUCCUGAUCAAUGGCAAUGUAUGUCAUUGCGGAAACAAGGUACAGAAAACCAUCAGCCUGUCGUCGGCGGAGAGCGAGCUCAUGGCAUCGCUCCUUGGCGUAACAGAGGCUAUGUUUGUGGGCGAGAUGGUGCGUUUCAUAUGUGGUCCGAAUUCUCGUGUGAAACUUGUCCACUACGUGGACAACUCAGCAGCUCGGUCAAUCAUUCAGAAGCAAGGCCUGCAGAGAACGCGACAUGUUAGUUUGGCUUGGCUGUGGAUUCAGCGAUCUCAUCAUGAUGGAGUGUUCGUAACCAAGCCCAUUUCUACAAGGGACGCUCCAGCUGACCUUCAAACCAAAUCCCACGGUAGGAACAGGCUAAAGUAUUUGAUGAGCUUGAUCGGCAUGAGCUUGGAUGAAGAUGAUGAUGCAGGUCCUGUUCGGGUUCAGCGUGUGAGGGCAAGAGCGACUACAGUUCAGGGUUCCAGCAUCGCGGCAGUGAUGAGGGCAUUGGCCGUUAUUCUUGAAGGCGGUGAAGCCCUUAGCUUUGACCAGGAGCGCGACUUUAGGAGCGUGCAUGUUCCCAUCAUUGUUGCCGUCAUGAUCGUGUUGGGCUUGAUUGGAGCGUGGAGUGUAGCGUCUGCCUUUAUCGAAGAAGGUGGAACCUUGACAAUGUGGUUGAUGCUGUUUGUCUUGAUGGCUUCCGUUGGGGCCACAGAGAUCGUGGCAGAUGAUACGGAUGAUGGUGCAGCGAACUUCCUUCAACGACUUUGUGAUCACAGUGGUUUGGCGGCGCUGGUGAUUGCCUUGUGCAUGCUUGUGGUGGUGAUCUACAUGCCCCCGCGACGGUGGAAUCGAGAUCGAGGGCGCGGCUCAGCACAACAACAACCUUUUGAACCGCGGGAUGGUUGCAUGACUUACGACGACUACAUCCAUGAAAACCUCUUCGAUACUUGGGAUGAAGUGUUUCCGCGAAGUGAUGAUGAUGAAGGAGGUGCCGCAGAAGCUUAUGUCCAGAGCUAUGUGCAUGAGGGUGACGAUGGUGAAGUAGAGGAAGCGGCUCAGGGAGAGAUUCAGGGUUACGUUCGCAAUGAUCGUGGAGGUGAACCCCAGAACUUUGACGUAGAGAACCAAGAUCAAGACCAGAUGCCGCACGAGCCGCACGCAGACAUGGUGUACAUCGUUGGUGAGGCUAAGCGUAAGAAAGGGUUCCACAAGAGGAGUUGCGGUCACCAGUGCAGCGGAGGAGUGACCGAGCUGCGGUGGGCCCUGCUGCUCAUUCCGAUCGGUGCGGCACCCGUGGGCCCGGAGAUUCAGCUCCUAGAUUUGUCGGACUGCAAGCAGGCUUUCUUCCUUGUGGGCUUCCGGCUCCUGGCCAUCAGCCGUGGCGGUGUGCCAGGCUGGUUGCACUUCGUGCACAUUUUGUUCGCGGCUUUGUUGCUGGAGUUCGAACGCAGCCGGCUUGUUCGGAACUUGGAUUCAGCUUUGCUCCAGGCUGACUUGCUUGGAAUUCCAGGGUUGGGCUGCUCACAGGGUCGCCGACAAUGGUCAGAUCGUCACUCGGAUGCCCAGCGGGCACUUUUGCGCAUGGUUUCCUUUGCUGAUUGCUUCCUGCUCCUUGCCGUUGACCGUGCCGGUGUGCCAGGCUGGGUGCACUUGGGCUACGUUUUGAAUAAGGCCAACAUGAAAGAUGCCAUCUGCCAACUGCUGCAGACAAAGCCGGAACAAGGUGCCGCGGCUUUCUUGCGGUGUCUGCAGAUGUUCAAAGCAGCAGUGUCCAAGCAAGCCCCUUUGGCAACGCUCGGCAAUCAGAUUGUUGAUGGAGAUGUGCUGGAGGACUGCAUUUCGGCGGUUCGUGCUGGCUGUGAUUUCCCUCUGCCACCUCCCCUGCUUGAGGGCGGCCGUGAGGAUAGCGAGUUGAUUGCUGCCGCUGUGGCAGAGCCUAGUCCAGAAGUCUCUGACGCAUUGGAGAUGUUUUUCCUACGAUUGGAGCCUGACUACUUGACGGUGGUCAAGGUCCAGCCGACGGCGGAGCGGAAUGUGGACGGCUACCAGCAUUUGCUGUGUGUGAAAGACGUGUGGAGCCAGCUGAGCAUGGCAACCAGCUUUCUUGCCUGGUACUCCAAGAACGAGAGCUCCGGCACCCUCAAGCAGCAUGCUGAUUCCUGGGGGCUCAGUCGCAAGCACAUAGUGCGACACGAGAGCUACAAAGGCAGUCAAGAAGCUUUCACAUGGCCGGGCUUGAGAUAUGACUGUGUCUCAAGCGCCGGCUUCCUGCUUCUGAUUGGAACCCUGGCACAGAUUCGUGGUUUGGCUGAGAACGUACAGACCAGAUGUGUCAGUCUGCUUCGUCGCAUGACGGGACUCCUGGAGUUCUCAGACGGGCUGAAGCUGCUUCCCACUUUGACGUUGGCGGUCCAGGAUGGCCAGGCCAUGCUCAAGAGCUUUCUCAAGCUCUUCGACUGCGAGCUACGAGCCUCGCUGAAGCAGAGGUGGGAAAACUGCGUCGCUCUGGGCACAAGUCGCAAGAACCUGGGCGGGUACCCUGUUGCAGAUGUAUGCUGGUUUCUGAUGAGACUCCGAGCUGAUUCAGAUGGCCUCUUGCAUAUCUUGGCCCAGGCUUGGGAGACCGGCAUGUGCGAAGGCUCCAUACACCUGCGAGAUACGCCGCCGAGGCAGCAGGAGGAGCCAGGUCAGACGCCAUGGUCUUCCGGGUCGCGAACCCGGAACGCGAACUUGGCGAGGCAGGAACUCUUGAACAAAUUCUUGGCCAGGGGCGGAGGCUUCGUGACUGGCUUGAGAAAUCGCUCCAAUUCUGAGAUCUGCCCUACAGACCUUGAGCUGCCUGGAACGCUGGGGAAAAGCUUGGGCGCUUGUGCUGCACACCAGUUCUUGACCGGCUACUUUCUGGACGCCCGGAGUGCCUUGAUGAAGAAGCUUUCCGUGCAGAAGUUUCGACACAUGAGCAUGUACGAGGAUGCUGCGAAGGUCGGCACAUACGAGGUGCUUCAAGUGCUGGUGUCCGCGGAUGGCUUGAUGAUCUCCUCGCCCAUCAGUUUGCUACCCCAGCUCAAAGAGACCACCGAGAGCAGUGCUGCAGAGAACUUGGCGAAGGCGGCAGAACUGGUGCCGAAGAAGGCAUUGCAGGAUCUCAAAGGCGCCAAGGCCUCCUGUGGCCCUGCGACUUUGCGUGCACCUGAGAAAGUUGCGACACGUUCCAAACUCCUUGGAAUCAAUCAUUCGCUCAAUGCUCUGAUUGAUUAUCGCCUGGCUGACAGCCUGCCGCCGCAUGCUUUUCGGCCCUGCCGGGAUGGGGAACGAAGGAGCACCGUUCACUGGAAUGGAUUGGACUUGCCCUAUGUUUGGUCGCCGAAAGGGGUGACCUGGCAGACAACCCAGUACCCAGGCUGGCAAUCCAUCCUGAGGCUGAACUGCUUGCAGGACGAGGGGGACGCAGCAGGAGUGUACCAGAUGGCACAGAAUGGGCUGGCUGUGCUUGUCCACCGUGACACACUACACAAACUACACCGAGAAGAAAUUCUCGCUUCCUCAGAGGUGGCAGAGAUUGCACUGGCGCGCAAGCAGAUCAACCUCGUCUUGAAAUACGACCGAGCUCCAUGGGCAACUUCGGCGUUUGGCCGUAGGCUUGCCGAAGCGAGAGAACGUGUGGGUGAAAUCCCCACUGAUCAUCCCUUGAUUGACAUGGUCAGUGCCGGAAUCAUUUCCGACCUGGGGCUCUCGCCGGAUGCUUCACCGGCUCAAGUCAAAGAGGCGAUCCUUGCCUUUUGCCGCUCCAAGCGCGGCAGCACUGGUGCAGAGCACAAGACCGGCAGGUGGUGCGACCUGCUGGACUCCUUCCGCCGCUUGAGAUCCGAGUGGCAUUGCCGCCUGUUCGUGCUUCUAUUUGCGAUGAUCCUGGAAGGAAGGAAUCCGUGGAGUGCACUCUCCGAGAGCUUGGACAAGGCUGGCUCGGACGACGAUCUUGCUCUGGCUCCCAAGGUCCUUGGGGAUCCUUGGCUCCGAAGCUAA